AUACGAUUCAGUUCAGUAUCGAUAGUUACAUCGAUUGUUUGCAUCUCUUUUGCUCUCUUCCUCUUCUUUUCCGCUGAGCUGUCAAAAACUUUGAUAAUUAGCAAUGGCCAAGUCUAAGAAUCACACAAAUCACAACCAGAACAAGAAGGCCCAUCGCAAUGGCAUCAAGCGCCCGAUGCGUAAGCGUCACGAGUCCACUCUGGGUAUGGAUGUCAAGUUUCUGAUCAACCAGCGUUAUGCACGCAAGGGAAAUCUUUCCCGCGUCGAGGCUGUCAAGCGCUAUAAGGAGCGCGUUGCCUCCCAGCAGGGCAAGCCCAAGCCCGUCAAGCUAUAAAUUCCAGGUCGCUUAUUUGUUCUAGUUUAGAGUGGAUAAUCGCGUCUUAGAAUAAAGAAACAACAAACUUUUUAACUGAAAA